ACAAUAUUGAAACUGAGUUUGCUGCUGCUGGUUGCCUGAUUCAUUGUGGCCAAAAUAAAUCCAUAAACAAGAUGUUGACCGUAUCCAACCGUUACCAAAAAUCUGUGAUUCUAUUCUACGCGUUCAUUUUUUUGUUGAGCAAAAUAUAUUGUAGGCUAGGCUUGUCCCGCAAGAACAGGUACAUAUGAUCAAAUUUGCAUUUCUUUGGAAAAAAGAAAAUAGUAUAUUAAGUUGACUUGUAUGAUAACUGAACAAUCUGGCCUAUUAUUUUUUUGAACUCGAAAUAACCAACCACCAUUCUGAGGCUUGCUAAACAAAGUUUGAGACUCUUAGAAUCUUAUAUAAAUGAGUAGUCUCGGAUCCUCUAGGGAGCAAAAUUGAGUUUUCUUUUUUUCUCAAUAGUGAGUGAAAGGUUAAUCAAGCUCCAAAGAAGAAAAAAAGGAAAGAGCCUUAAAAUUGAACAUGAACAAAGCUGUUAUUAGUCUUUAUGGCCUUUUGGGGCUUUUUGCUGGUGCUAUUUUAAGCUCAUCCAUUUGUGGGACUCCCAAGAAUUUUAAAGCAGAGAAUAAUUGCAUUCCAAGGGGAAAAAUUGAAACAUCACUCAACAACAGCACAAUACCAAAAACCAUUUACAAUGGCUUCCUCAUUCUUGCAAUCAAGUUUGUGCACUACCUAAUCUCGAGGGGAUACAACAAGUCAUCUGCACCUUAUACAACGAUCGUGCCAUUUUGGGUGAGGCGUCCAUUGAAAGGAAGGUCAACUGCAACUUGUUUCUAUUCGUGGCUUAUUCAUGGUCAACUACAACUUCAACUACAGCAUGGAGAGGCUUCUUCAAAAUCAUGCCAUUUAUCAGGGAACAUUCAAGAAGUUGAGUCUAAUCAAUAGUCAAUACAGGAUAAAGAAAAUAUAAUUAAUAAAGGAGCGUUUGUAAACAAUUGAUACUCUUUCCUAUCUGUAAGAACAUUCCCCAAAAUAUAUCAUAGCUUUGUAAAUUUCAACUAGUAUUUCAAUGAAAGUGUGAUAUGCUCCAUUAAUUGCACUCUCA